UUUGUGAACCGUUCGGUUUGGUUUGUUGGUUGUACUAGUAGUUUUCAUUUUCCAAAAGAACCGAAGCAAUUUGAUUUUAGACUGCGGCAUUUUAACGCGCCGUGAAAUUGAGGUGUGCUCGCACCGGAACUCGCAGAAAGACGGUGUUAGCAGCCAUGAGUGCCACCGUCAAGAUCGAAGAGUUCGAAGGAGACGUAGUUCCAACUACCGACCACUUCUUCGUCAAAAUCGGAGAACCCGUUCCUCUGAACUCCGAUGACUCUAAUUUCGAUCUCCAAACUCCACCUUCUCAACCUCUCUCACUCUCCGAACGCUUUCGUCUGACUUUUGUUGCUCAUUCUUCAGGUUUUUAUGUUGUGAAGACGAAAGACCUAAUUGAUUCCGCUAAAGGAAGUGGAUCUUCGGUAGAAGAGUUGAGUCUUGUUGAUGCUCCGAUUGGUAGAGUUCGUAUAUUGGCUGUUUCUACUGAUAAUUCAUUGCUAGCUGCUGCUGUUGCUGGUGAUAUUAGGUUUUAUUCGGUUGAUAGCUUUCUCAAUAAGGAAGUGAAGCUAUCCUUUUCCUGUUCACUCAACGAUUCAGCCUCUGUCAAGGAUAUGCGAUGGACAACAGCAUCAAAAAACUCUUAUCUUGUUCUUUCAAAUACUGGGCAAUUAUACCACGGCGAGGCUGGUUUUCCUCUAAAACAUGUGAUGGACAGUGUUGAAGCUGUUGAUUGGUGCAUAAAAGGGACAUUAGUUGCCGUGGCUAGAAAUAAUGUUCUGAGCAUUUUAUCCACCAAGUUUGAAGAAAAGGUUUCAAUUCCACUAUCCUUCAGAUCUUGGAUUGGCGACUCUGAGGCAAAUGUCAGUGUAAAAGUUGAUUCUGUCAAGUGUGUUCGACCGGACUCCAUUAUAAUUGGAUGCUUUCAACUUACUGAAGAUGGCCAGGAGGAAAAUUAUCUGAUCCAAGUUAUUAGCAGCAAGCUUGGUGAAAUUUCUGAUGAAUGUUCUGAAAUAGUUGUCCAAUCAUUCUAUGAUAAUUACCCACUACUUGUUGAUGAUAUUGUAUCUCCUGGAAGUGGACCUUACCUUUUAUUGGCUUAUUUAGAACAAUGCCAACUUGUGAUCAAUGCCAACAUGAAGAAUACAGAUAACCACAUUAGUUUGCUUGGUUGGUCAGAAGAUGAUGAUAAGAGUGAAGCGGCAAUUGUUGAUAAACUUGAAAUUGACCGAUCAAAGUGGAUUCCGAAAAUUGAGCUUCAAGCAAAUGAAGAUGAUAAUCUUCUAUUGGGAUUAUGUAUUGAUAAAGUUUCAAUAUAUCAAAAAGUUGGAAUUCAACUUGGUGCAAAUGAGGAAAAAACUGAGCUCUCACCUUAUUGUGUUCUUAUGUGUCUCACACUGGAUGGGAAACUUGUUUUGUUCCAUGUUGCCAGUCUUGCAGGAAGUGUAGUUUUGCCUGAGGUUGAUUCUACUGAGCAUGAUGAGAAAGAUGCUUCUGUAAAGCUACCUGUUGAUGAAAGCUCCACCUUUUCUCAUGGAUUACAAAAAAAGGAACAUGAAUUGGAUCAGGAUGUUGAGGUUAGUGAGCAUCUGAAGUCCAAGCCUUUUGCUGAAGAUUAUACUGAGUACCCUGAAGUGGGACCAGCAACAAGUGUACAGUCUUUGAAGUCUGAUGUGCUGCAAAUGGUUCCAGGUGUAGAUGUGAAGCAAGUUAAUAAUAAUCAUGAUAAUAGUUCCCGAGACUCGCAAAGAGCUUCUCAUCUAUUGCCUGGUGGAGCAUUUUCAUUCCCUAAAAACUCCAACGUAACUUCAGUUUCCGGUUCAAGUUAUGUUGAUGGUGGUGGUUAUCAAAAUAAAAAAUAUACUAUGGGUGCUACAAAUGCCACCACUCCAAACAUUCCUGGUAGCAUAGGUGGAAAGCCUUUUUUUGUAAAGGAUCCAAACGUUGAAUCUCCUGCUACCUAUUCUGCUGCAAAUGUUCCUGGUAGCACUGGUGGAAAGCCUUUUUUUGUAAAGGAUGCAAAUGUUGAAUCUCCUGCUACAACCUAUUCUGCUGCAAAUGUUCCUGGUAGCAUAGGUGGAAAGCCUUUUUUUGUAAAGGAUCCAAAUGUUGAAUCUCCUGCUACCUAUUCUGCUGCAAAUGUUCCUGGUAGCACUGGUGGAAAGCCUUUUUUUGUAAAGGAUGCAAAUGUUGAAUCUCCUGCUACUACCUAUUCUGCUGCAAAUGUUCCUGGUAGCACUGGUGGAAAGCCUUUUCUUGUAAAGGAUGUAAAUGUUGAAUCUCCCGGCGUCUACUCAGCCAGUAAGCUUGUUCAGAGUGGUGGACAACUAACUUCCGUAGGAGCAGAAAGUACUCAUUUGUCAUUACUCGGAAAUUCUACAACUGGAAAGUCAUCUAUACGAAAGUUUCAUCCUUCUGAUGAGCAGCAUGUAUAUUCAUCCAAGCCUGGAAUUUCAAGUUCUGAUUUGUCAAAGCAGUUUGGCAAUAUUAAUGAGAUGACCAAAGAACUGGAUCUGCUUUUAAAGUCAGUAGAAGAGGCUGGAGGCUUUAGAGAUGCUUGCACCAGGUCACUACAAAGUUCAAUUGAGGAAGUGGAGCACAACAUGGGCACUCUAUCUAAACAAUGCAAAAUACGGAUGGGCCAAGUGGAUCAACAUCUUGAGGAGGUUCAUUAUCUUCUUAACAAGACAAUACAAGUCGUGGCAAGAAAAGUAUACUUGGAAGACAUAUAUAAGCAAGCUUGUGAUAGCCGAUAUUGGGACCUAUGGAAUAGGCAAAAGUUGAAUUCAGAACUAGAGCUAAAGCGACAGCAUAUACUGAGUCUGAAUCAGGAUUUAACUAAUCAGUUAGUUGAAUUGGAGAGACAUUUCAAUGCUCUUGAACUGAACAAAUUCAGUCAACAUGGUGGCCAUCAUAUUAGUCGCGGAGCUUCACAAAAUAGAUAUGGACCUUCAAGACACAUUCAGUCAUUGCAUAGUUUACAGAAUGCAAUCAGAUCGCAACUUGUAGCUGCCGAGGGUCUCUCUGAAUGCCUUUCAAAACAGAUGACUACAUUGAGUUUAAGGUCCCCAUCUGAGGAACAAAAGAAUGUGAAAGAGCUCUUUGAAACGAUAGGAAUUCCCUAUGAUGCUUCUUUUGGCUCUCCAGACACAAAAGUUCUAAUGAAGACUCCUUCUAGUAAGAAGCUCUUGUUUUCUGAUUUGACUAGUAGUAAAGAUAAAUCCAAGAGAAUUCAAGGCAGUGCUAUGAAGAGUUGUGAACCAGAAACGGCUAGGAGGAGGAGAGACUCACUUGACCGGAGUUGGACCUGUUCUGAACCUCCUAAAACUAUCAUCAAAAGGAUGCUGCUGCAAGACCUCCAGAAACCGAAGUGGAAAGAAUCACCAUUUUCAAAAGAAAAAAUUAAAGCUUCCAUGCCAGUGCAAUCCGCUCAUCAAAUGACUGCCAGAAUUCCCUCAGGCUUUCUGGAUUCCCAUCUAGCAGUUAAAGACGUGUCAGAACCCUCAAAGGCAUUUAUGCAGGAUGGCGACCUCAAAGCACACUUUCGAGUUUCAGAUUCCAAGUCUCCUGUUUUGCAAAGAAGUAAUAUCUCGGCAGUUCCCCCACGUCCUGCAUUCCCCCUGUCACCUGCAAUCGUGCAUGGUCAUGCUACAGAAUCGAGAGAAUUUGCUGCUGAAAAAUUGAAUGUUAAAAAAUUUGACUCAAGUUCAAAUAGUGAGAGCAAGCCUUUUUCACUCACCGAAAUGCCUCAAAAAUUCUCAUUAUCUACCCGUUCAGCCACAGAAACACCUUCAUCUUUGUUUAAAUCGAGUGCAGUGCCCAUUACAAACAGUAGUACAAUAGCUACGGGUACAAGUUUCACAAUGGGAGACAAACUUUCAAGUGCAUUUACUCCUGAUUCUUGGAAAAAAAACAUCCCAUCCCCAUCCUUAGAGUCACACUCGUCCUCUAUUUCUGCAACUUCAAAUACGGUUGGAAAAGUUUCCGGGUUCAAUUUUGAUAAAAGCUGGCCUGAAAAUAAUAUUCCAGCAGUGCCCAAGUUUAGUAGUUCUCGUGAUUCUCUGUCUCCUCCUACUAUUAAAACACCCUCGGUUUCUUCAGCAUCAUUAUCUGUCUCGUCUAUAGCUUUGCCUCCUGCAGCAGUGUCGGUGACAUUAAGCAAUACUAUGACUAGUUCAAACUUCAGUAUAGAUUCUAAUCACAUGUCAAUAUCUUCAGCAUCAAAUUCUCUUCAUUUAUCUAAUCAGGUCCCUAAACAAACGUUGUCCCCGUUACCUAAUCCCCUUUCCUUGAACUCAACAUUGGAGUCGCCUAAAUCGGAGAUUCAACCAGCUGCUGUACCUGAUUUAAAGACUAAUUCAGAUGCUGCUGCAGAAGUGGCCACUCAGCUAAAUAAACCUCUAAAUGGUCAAUCUGAAAUGAAGUUUGGAUCUUCAAGAAACUUCAGUCAUACUAAUGAACAGCCUGCCAAAAAUAUAACUAGUUCUGAUAUCAACAUUGCCUCAGUUUCUCAAUCAGAACGGCCUUCAGAUGCACCUCUGCAACUUUCAACUUCUUUUCUUACUUCUGCUAGUGUUUCAAGCGGGAAAAAUGGGGGUUUGGAUUUUGGACUUUCUCAGGAAGAUGAGAUGGAGGAAGAAGCUCCCGAGACAAGUAACUCAACGGAACUUAGUUUGGGAAGCCUUGGCGGUUUCGGGAUUGGCUCAACCCCUAACCCAUCAGUUCCUAAAUCAAAUCCAUUUGGGGGUUCAUUUAGUAACGUAUCAACAAGUUUAUCAAGCUCUACAAUUCCAUUAUCAGUUCCCAAUGGAGAGUUGUUUCGACCAGCAUCUUUUACAUUCCCAAGCACUCCAUCAUCUGCACCAACUCAGUCAACAAAUUCAGGUGCAUUUUCUGGGGGUUUUGGUGCUGGGGCAACUGCUCCUGCACAAGCUCCAAGCCCAUUUGGGCAACCAGCGCAAGUUGGAUCAGGGCAGCAGGUUCUUGGAUCAGUUCUUGGUUCUUUUGGACAAUCAAGGCAACUUGGCAGCGCUCUUCCUGGAAGUGGUUUUGCAUCUCCCCCUGGUUUUGGUGGUGGAUUUGCUGCCAGUAAUAAUACUGGUGGAUUUUCAAAUGCUGCUGUUGGUGGAGGAUUUGCUGGUAGAACAUCAGCUGGUGGAGGGUUUGCUUCCAUAGCAUCCACAGGUGGAGGCUUUGCAAGCGUUACAUCAACAGGUAGUGGGUUUGGUGGAUUUGCCGGUGCUGCUCCUGCUGGUGGUGGAUUUGCUGGUGCUGCUCCCGCUGGUGGUGGUUUUGGGGCUGCUGCUCCCGCUGGUGGUGGUUUUGGGGCUGCUGCUACUUCAACUGGUGGAUUUGGAGGAGUCGGUUCUAGUGGUGGUGGGUUUGGGGCAUUUAGCAGCCAAGGAAGUGGUGGGUUUUCUGCUUUUAGUAAUGCUGGAGGUAACAAACCAGCUGAGUUGUUCACGCAGAUGAGGAAGUAGUAUUGCAUUGCAUCUUAUAUACUUGAAAGUUUUUCCUCAGAAACAACUCAAAAGCAGUGAACUCUAUCGUGGUUUUCCAAAAAGAAACCCGAAUACAUAUCUUCUAGAGGAGGAGUGAAUGCUGCAAUUUUGAAGUGUAGAAUUUUUUUUUAUCCUUAGCGCUACGAUGUAAAACUCUUCUUGAGCAAUACAUGAAGUUUGUAGUCAUAGUUAUGGUAUGAUGCUCUGUUCAGCUUUGAAAUCAUAUCUGAAGCAUAGUAAAAUCAUUUUAUUUAGUCUUCGGGUAUGAAAACAGAUCUAUGUAGGAAGUAACUAACCACCUUGAUUUUAAAUGGUUAAUGCAUACGAAAUACUAAUUUCGUGAU